AUGGAGUACCUCAUUGGCAUCCAGGGCCCCGAGUAUGUCCUUGUUGCCUCCAUCCAGGUGGCCACUAGCAAUAUUGUCCAGAUGAAGGAUGAUCAUGACAAGAUGUUUAAGAUGAGUGAAAAAAUCUUACUCCUAUGUGUUGGAGAGGCUGGAGACACUGUACAGUUUGCAGAAUAUAUUCAGAAAAAUGUGCAACUUUAUAAGAUGCGAAAUGGUUAUGAAUUGUCUCCCACAGCAGCAGCUAAUUUCACACGCCGAAACCUGGCUGACUGUCUUCGGAGUCAGACCCUGUAUCAUGUCAACCUGCUCCUGGCUGGCUAUGACGAACAUGAGGGUCCAGCUCCCUACUACCUGGACUACCUAGCAGCCUUGGCCAAGGCCCCUUUUGCAGCCUAUGGCCAUGGUGCCUUCCUGACUCUCAGUAUCCUGGACCGAUACCACACCCCAACUAUCUCACGUGAGAGGGCAGUGGAGCUUCUUAGGAAACGUCUAGAGGAGCUCCAGAAACGCUUCAUCCUGAAUCUGCCAACCUUCAGUGUUCGAAUCAUUGACAAAAAUGGCAUCCAUGACCUGACCGACAUUUCCUUCCCUAAACAGGGCUCCUAACGUCAUGCCCUAUGUCCCACGUGCC